CCUCAUCACCGCAUCACCCCGCUCACCGCGCCAAGCUCACCGCGCCAAGCUCACCGCGCCAAGCUCACCGCGCCAAGCUCACAAUGGACAAGGGCAGAGACGAUGAGACUUCGCGCCCGCGCCAUGACGACGAAGAAGAGGAGGAAGAGCUGAUGGAGUGGGAGGCGCCCUACUACAAGGACACAGUGCUAUGGGUCAUCGACAACUCCGAAGCCAUGCACGAUAUAGACCCACAGAGCGGCAAAUCCUACCUACAUCGCAGCAUCGAGGUGGCCUGCCGCAUGAUGGAGCACAAGUUGAUUCGCAGCCCCUCGGACAAGAUUGGCAUCCUACUCUUCAACACUCGCCAGACUCACGUUCCCGUCGUAGGCAAGAAGAUGACUCACCCAGGCUGCUACGCCAUCGUCGAUAUCCAGCAAGUCAACGUACCCACCGUCGUCACCCUCCGCGACGACUUAGCAGAGGCGGAUCGCAGUCCCGAAGGGGCGACGCAAUGGUUCCGCAACAAGUAUCCGCCCGACACGGGACAGGUGCGUAUUCACUACGUUCUCACCAACGCAGAGAGUAUGCUCAAUUCGGCCGGCAAGACGGGCUCCAGGCGUAUCUUCUGGGUGACCAACAACGACGAUCCGUAUGCAGGACGCUCGGCGAGGACCAAAUUGCAUCGCGGGGCGCUGGACAAGAUCAAGGAUAUGAUCAGGCGUGGCAUCGAGACGGAGGCAUUCCUCAUCAGCACGAAUCCCGCCAAGCCCUUCGAUACGGCCAAGUUCUAUGCCGACCUCUUCCAGGCAUACGACGAUGGAGCCGAGGAGCUCAAGGGUGACGUGGGGCUGGGAGGCGGCAACGAUUCUAGCACGACUGUGCGUGUCAAGUGGAACGCAUUCGACAAGUUUGAGGAUCUCGAGGCAGACGCAGGAGCGAGGGAGACGCCUAAGCGGGUGACCUUCCGUAUCGGCAUGGAGCUGGCAGAUGGACUCACGAUCGGCAUCGCAGGUUACAAUCUCGUCAUCCGCUCGACGAACAACACGGGGGCCGCUAAUCGUGGACACCCAGUCAAUGUCUAUCGCGAGGACGAGGACGAUCUGUGGCAGGAGGUGGUCACUACCUCUCACCUCCAAUGCAAGGACACGGGGCAAAUCCUCGACGGCAAGACGCAGGUCGAUCACGCGUUUGCUCUGGGCUUCGAUACGAGCCCGCGGGGGACGGUUCGCUUCUCGCCAGAGGAGAUCACCAAGUUGAAGACGAGUGGGAUCGGACCGGGCUUGAAGGUGCUGGGCUACAAGGACAGGAGCGAGUUGCGUUUCUGGGAAAAUGUCAAGCACAGCGUCUUCAUCUUCCCGAGCGACGCGGAGUACACGGGAUCGCAGCGUACCUUCAGCGCCUUGCUUCAGGUGAUGCUGGCCAAGGACAAAAUCGGCAUCGCUCUCUUCUCCCCCCGCCCCUCCUCCAUCCCAGAAUUCGUUGCCAUCAUCCCGCAAGCCGAGGAAUGCGACUCAGAGACUGGCGUCCAAACCGAGCCAGGCGGAAUGCACCUCAUCCCCCUGCCCUUCGCAGACGAUAUUCGCGAGAUGCCCGACAGCUGCGCCGAGUGCGUUGAGGCCACGCCUGACCAGGUCGAGAAGGCGGGCAAGGUAGUCAGCAGAUUCUCGAGGAGUGCGGCGUUCAAUCCGGACUUCUACCCGAAUCCGGCACUCAAUUAUCACUUCGAGGCGCUGAAGGCCGUUGCAUUUGGGGUGGACAUCGAGGACCCCGUCGACAAAUCCCUCCCAGACUACGUCUCCAUCAGGAAUCGCUGCGGUCGGGAGAUCUCCGAGCUCCACAAAUCCGUCAACAGCGAUGCUCGUCUUGACCCUCUCUCCUCUUCUGCGUUGCCCGUCGUCACGAGCGAGAAGAAGCGAGCAAUCGUCAUCGACUCGGCAGAGGAGCAACGUUUGCUGGAUGUGCACACGAGGGGGAACUUGAUGAACAAGAAGGUGGAUUACUUGAAGGCGGCCUGUGAUCAUUAUCGUGUGGCGAGGGGGGGUAAUAAGCCUGAGCUGGUGGCGAGGUUGGGAAUCGUCCUGGAUAAGGUACUUGUGAAGAGGGGGAUUGAGAGAUCCGGUGAGGAGUAGGCGGAGAGUACGAGGGCACAGAGAGGGGAGCGCUCACAGAGAGGAGAAAGCAGUCGUCGCUUUGCUUUCGUAUACUAUUAGUACGGG